GUGAAAGAUGAGCUCCUCUAGCCUCCAGAAUGAAGGGCAUAGGCCUAGAGGCAGGGAGAAUCGCGCGUCCUCUCCUCCAGAGAAUACCUUUGGUGCCCGUGGGAAGGAACAGUGCCUGGGAGGUGGAGAGGAGCUGCCUUUAAUAUCGGAUAUCUCAUGUCGAAGGAAUUGAGUUAUGAUAUCAUAGAGGAUUCAACUGGAACACCUGGAGGUGCUGUCCGAGAGCGGUGAAAUGUCUACUGAGACAUGAUGACCUUGGCCACUAGUUUUAUCCUCGGAAGCCUGGUGUUGGCCUUCUACAUGCCUUUUGUCAUGACUUCCCCUAAAACACUGGCCAUCCCUGAGAAGCUGCAAGAAGCUGUGGGGAAAGUCAUUGUCAACGCCACCACCUGUACUGUCACCUGUGGCCUUGGCUAUAAGGAGGAGACCGUCUGUGAGGUGGGCCCUGAUGGAGUGAGAAGGAAGUGUAAAUCUCAGCGCUUGGAGUGUCUGACCAACUGGAUCUGUGGGAUGCUCCAUUUCACCGUUCUCAAAGGCAAGAAAUUUGAGCUGAGCUGUCUGAGUUCAGACAUCCUGGAGAUCGGGCAGGAGGAAUUCCGGUUCACCUGGAGACUUGCUCGGGGUAUCAUCUCCACUAAUGACGAAGUCUUCAAGCCCUUCCGAGCCAGCUCCCACUUUGUGAAGUUUAGAUCUAUUCAGGAGGAGGACUCUGGGACCUACCGGUGUGAUGUGCAGCUGUUAAAAAACUUGAGACUUGUCAAGAGGCUCUAUUUUGGGGUGAGGGUCCUUCCUCCUAGGUUGGUGAAGCUGAAUUUUCAGCAGUCCCUCACGGAGGAUCAGAAGUUAGUAGAUGAGGGCCUGGAAGUGAAUCUGGGUAACUAUUCCAGGCCUUACCGUCCACCGUGGAGAAAGAAGGUGGCUAUAGCCUUGGGAAUAGGAAUUGCUAGUGGAGUGUUUAGCACUGUGUCGCUGGGCAUUGCCUUGUACAGUGGGUUGAGGGUGGGCAAUAGCAAUGCCAACCUUUAGACCUAAUAGGCCUUGCUCCUGAAGGGCUGGCUGCCCAGGAAGCAGGACUUGACUGCUCAGGAAGCCAAGCUAGAUUUUCAGGGGAGCGUCUGGCUGCCUGAUUGUGGACCAGCUAGGAGGGAGGGUUUCCAGAGCCAAAAGAGUGAGUGGGGGUGUGGAGAAGGGACAGCAUCCUGGUAGCAAUGGGCAGUAUCUCAACUGUGUCCCAGAUGGACCUCUUCUUGAACUUCCCUGCCCACUAGGCACCCAGAUAACCUUACAGCACGCAUCUCCUCUUCUGCUGGGAAGAGUUCUGUCUUCCAAACUUGCAUUUAUUUUCUACACUUUACAUCUGGUAUACCUCCCCACCACUUUCUCCCUUCUGAGCAGCAUAAUCACAUAGAAGGGUACAUUAAUAAUAGCUUUUCUAGUGAAAACACUUUUUUCCUCAAUAAAAAUAAUCGACAG